AUGUCGGACACUUCCGAAGACACGCCUCGAGGAGAGAGGGGCAUCGCCUGCACAUAUGCGGACUGUCAACAUCGCUUCAACAGCAGACAAGAGAUGAGAAACCACAAAAUCGAGACCCCGGAGCACUACUACUGCAAGAAGUGCGACGUCGACUGCGAUGACUGGGAAGAGCUCCUGCAACACAAGGUCGACAUGAUGGCCCCCUUCAUCGAGGGUAGGAAGAGGGUAAGGGACGAGAAGCCUCGCCAUAUCGUGUGCGAGUUCUGUGGUGAGAACUUCAAGAGUUUCGACGGCCGCAAGUUACAUCGAACUCAGAUGCACCCGGCAGAUCAAGACAUUGACUGCCCUGGCUGCCAAACGAAAUUCCUCCGCGCUACACACAUGAUCGGUCACAUCGAGCGUGACGAAUGCAAAGAAAUCCGACGCUGGAUGCUUCACGCCUGCAUCAAUCACAAGUACAUCCUCAACCAGGUCAUGGAAGGUCCCGAUCAAUUCCAGCACGCCCUGUCCGCGUACCAGCAACCUACCGAGAGCUUCGACCUACGCGAGGUCACUGAUGGAAGUGAAGCAAUGGAUCAGGAGCAAGGAGGCGUGUCUCUGAUCGAUCAGGACGACGACGCCCAAAUGGGAGGCUACCGACCGAUGAAGCCCGAGGUUGAUCUCAUGGACUUCCGUUCAGGUGAGGCCACCUCUGCUUCACAGGGGUCAUGGCCGAAGCCAAAGCCGCAGAAGGCGCCGAAAGACCUCUCGGACGGCAUUCGGACGAUGUCGUUAGGUUCGCAGGGAACGAGCCGUCGUGGUGUUCUCAAGAUUGCCACAGUACCGACUUCUCCUGCGACCACGCAGCACUCUUCAGCAAAUCGCAAGGUCGUACGCGCCAAUGCUUCCAGUGCUUGGGAUACGGAAAACACGACCAAGAAGCUGUUCCCUGCUGCGCAGCCCACGCCGCCAGCUGGCGACUGGAAAGCCAUCCAGGAACAUCGUCUCAUGCAGAAUCCCAACAUCCUCGACACCCAUUUCUGGAACCCAACAGACCCGAACUACUCUGCUGAGCGCUUCUACAGUCCCUUGCUGGAGGGGUACUGUUGCCCGUUCCCAGCUUGCGCGAACGAGGCCAUGUACUGUACCUAUAAGACACCCCGUGAGAUCGAGCAGCACUUCCGUGACAUGCACUGGAUCAAGAUGUUUCGAUGCCCGUGGUGCUUCAAGCGUUUCGACGAGGUCACAGCCCUCAUGAGCCACGUCGAGUACACGAGAAAGUGUCGCAUUAAGGAGAGUCGCGAUUUCGAGAAGUUCAUUGGCGAAGUGACGGGAGGCUUCCUGACGGCUGAGUCGGUCGCUCAGCCCAAAAUCUUCAACUUGAACAAGUCCCUUGUUAAGGCAGGCAGUGCAAACGUGAACGUUGGAGUCCAGUCGACCAAGUUCUCGGGUGCACUUCCAAACAAGGGCUUUUAGACGAGUUGAAGUUCAGUCGUUCAAGUUCUCGGGAGCACUUCCAAGCGAGGGCUCUGAG